CUAUUAUUGUGUACAGGUUGCCCUGGACCUGGAGGUGCAGCAAACCCCUAAUGAAGUUCAUACAUGCUGGAUUAAAUACCAUAGCUAUGAUUCUUGCGAUUGUUUCUAUGGUAGCCGUGUUUGAUUUCCACAAUGCCAGGAACAUUCCUAACAUGUACAGUCUGCACAGCUGGAUUGGGCUGACUGCUGUUAUAUUUUAUUCUCUCCAGCUUUUCCUGGGUUUCGCCAUCUUUCUGCUCCCUUUUGCUCCAGUUUCUCUCCGAGCAGCUCUCAUGCCAAUACACGUUUAUUCGGGGCUUACCAUCUUUGCAACAGUGAUCGCAACAGCUCUCCUGGGAAUCACAGAAAAGCUUAUCUUUUCAUUGAAAAGUCCUGCAUAUAGUGCAUCCCCACCAGAAGCAAAUUUUGUCAACUGUCUUGGCCUUUUGCUUGUCGUAUUUGGUGCCCUGAUUUUGUGGAUGGCAAGCAGAGACCAUUGGAAGCGCCCCCCAGAACAGAACGCUAAACUUCUGCAGCCCGUUGGGGGGACUCCUGAAGGCACAGAAGCAGAAUCCACGAUGACGGACGGCAGUAACGCAGAUAAAUCCGAUCUGAGGAUCAGUAGUGAAGCAGCCAGAAAACAAAACCUGAAACUUGAUGAAGCAGGCCAACGAUCAACUAUGUAAAGAGAAUACACACAAUAACAGUACUUUUCUACUGCC